CAGCCCAAACUACAAUCUGACCGAACCCAAGCACUCCUACUCUCACCUCAUUUCAGCGAUUUACACCCUAUUCUAAAAAUUGCGUUGACAAUCCAGAUGGUUGUAGGCCACUUAUCUCUCACCUUCACAUAUUGAAAAACUUCAUCAAUUAUCAAAAGACUCCAUGCUCACCCUUCAUCCAAAUUACCUCAAGCCAUGGCAGUGUCACCCAUCAACACCAAACCAACCCAGAAAUCCCCGCUUCUCUCUCCUACCCAAAUCCAGAACUCUUCAUUCAAGAACCAUCACAUCAAACACCCUCCAUGAAAACAACCAAACAACACAACCCUCCUCAGCAAGCAAAAUCAAACGCCUAGUUCUCAGCCCAGAGGGCAGAACCAAACUCAACACGUACCCUGACCGAGAUUUCUAUGCCUUCCCUCGCUUUGUCACCCAUGUCGACGACAACUUUAUUGCCACAUUGACUGAACUUUACAGAGAAAGGUUGAGCCCUGGCUCAGAGAUUCUUGACCUUGCUAGCUCAUGGGUUAGCCAUCUACCCAAAGAAGUUGAGUACAAAAGAGUGGUGGGACAUGGGCUCAAUGCACAAGAGCUUGCCAAGAACCCAAGGCUUGAUUAUUUUUUCGUCAAGGAUCUUAAUUGUGAUCAGAAACUUGAAUUGGAGAGUGGCUGUUUGGAUGCUGUGUUAUGCACUGUUAGCGUGCAGUAUCUUCAGCAGCCAGAAAAGGUGUUUGCAGAGGUGUUUCGGGUGCUGAGGCCAGGUGGAGUGUUCAUAGUUAGCUUCAGUAAUCGAAUGUUCUAUGAAAAAGCCAUCGGUGCAUGGAGAGAGGGGACUGCGUACAGUCGGGUACAACUGGUCAUGCAGUACUUCCAGUGCAUUGAAGGAUUUACAGAGCCAGAAAUUGUUCGGAAAUUGCCAGCCACUGGUGGUGCUCAAGGGGACAGAUCGCCUUUCGGUUGGAUCAUGAGAUUGUUGGGAUUGUCUUCUGGGUCAGACUCUUUCUAUGCAGUGAUCGCUUACAAGAACUUCAAACCCAUACACGAAUGAAUCCCUUUUAUUUCUGAGAACACAUAUCAGAUUGCUUAUCGCUGAAUACAAAGUCAUGUGUAUUUAUUAAUGUGUGUGCUCAAAUAUCUUUUGUGUUUAGUGUUAAAAAAAAGUCGUGUAAAAUUUCGUUUAAUGUAUAAUAGUACUCUUAAAUA